AUGAAUCUUAUUAUAAAGGUUGCAAAACGCUUCUUGGACAGACACUUGUACCUGUACACUACCCCUCGCGUGCCACACCAUCCAGGUAUAUGUACUAGCCACCAGUUUAAAGCAUUUGAUGUGAACAUCAGUCAGCCUACCCAUGUGAACAUCAGUCAGCCUACCCAUGUGAACAUCAGUCAGCCUAUGCAUGUGAACAUCAGUCAGCCUACCCAUGUGAACAUCAGUCAGCCUACCCAUGUGAACAACAGUCAGCCUACCCAUGUGAACAUCAGUCAGCCUACCCAUGUGAACAUCAGUCAGCCUACCCAUGUGAACAUCAGUCAGCCUACCCAUGUGAACAUCAGUCAGCCUACCCAUGUGAACAUCAGUCAGCCUACUCAUGUGAACAUCAGUCAGCCUACUCAUGUGAACAUCAGUCAGCCUACUCAUACAAGUGAAGGGGGUUUUCACUAA